UCUCCGCAGGAAUGACGUAGACCCUGUUAACAAUAAAUCUAUCAGAAAUAUUUAUAACAAUUGAAUUAAUUACAGGUGUUUUCGAAUAGAAUAUCGAUUGCGAACAUCGUCAAGCGAGCUUUAAUUCAUAGCGUAAUUUACCGAAAGCUGUCGAGUUUAUCGCGACAAUUUUAUUAGUGGAGUGGUUCAAGUACGAGUUGGGAAAGCCAAGUGGUAAUAUCGCGUUAUCUAAUGAUAAUUGGUGUAUAACAUCGGCCGAAGCAGCGUCAUUAUGUAGGCGGUGGAGCCAGUGUGAAUGGACGAAGGGAUCGAUAGAGCGGACUGCGCAGGCUCGGCGGCGCGGUCGCCACACACAGCUGGUAUCCCUCCGCGGACGCUCUCAAACUGUCUCCCAGUGCUUGUUGUGCAGAACCUAAGUGCCCGGCUGCUGAUCAGAUAUGCUCCGGACUGAUUAGUGGCUCUAAACGAUGUGAUGUGCCACGCGGCGCCGCGGCAGGCCCUAUGGGUGCUGGCGCUCUUGUGUGCGCUGGCGCCCUCGCACGCCGAUGGGAACAUAGGUUGCCUGUUUAGCUCCUCUCUGUGUGUAGAGAGGUUAGAAUGGUGCUACGAUGAUUUCGCGUUCGGCCGAUGCAUCCCGAUCUUCGAGGAUCAAACGGAAGACCUCUAUCGGUACGACAUGUCGUCGGAGCAGCUGAAGUGGUUCGAAGAGAAGUUGCAGCGGCUGGCUGCGCGCGGCUACCGCUGGGAGCAUGCGUACACGCAGUGUGUGCUGCAAGCUAUGCUCUACACCAUGCGCCAGGACUUAGACCCGACUCAAGUGAACCCCAAAAUAUGCGAUCACUUUGUUGAUCCCAAACUCCCUGCUGAACCUGUCGAGUCCAUUGAUCCUAUCGAAGGUGUAAAGGAGGGCGAGGGUGACCCCGACGAGACCGCCUACGUCCGUUUCACUCCCAACUCCGACUCAGACUUCGCUGAUGAAGUCUACAGCCCACCAGAUGACAUUCCUGAAAUCUUCGUGCCAGCCGACAUUCCAAUAACUGAUGAGGAAGACAUGACUCCUAACGAAGAAACCCCAAGCGAUAAAAUACGAGACCUGAUUAUGAAUGAAGAUGGCAACACACCCGUCAUCGUACCCUUUGAAGGAUUCCGAGAGAGGAUCCAAGCAGAAAAGGCGAAGGACAGGGAAUUCUACAACGUUCCCAGUGCCGAGAAGAAAUCUCUACCUGAAGCCGACAUUCUCCAACAAGGAGAACCUAAUGACCUCUUAGAUGAAGAGCGACUUGCAGCCCAUCUUCGUAAGUACAAAGCUAAGGCUCCUCCUUACACGGCCGAAUAUAUCACUACGAACAGAUUCUCGAAUCUGGACGCAGAAGUGCGGUCAAACGCUUUGGAAAAAUACAAGCAAAGUUUUGCUGAGAAAAACUUCCCGUUCGAAUAUGAGAACCCUGGUGAGAUCCCAGAACCCAGGAUAUAUAUUGACGAGGACGGUGUAGACGAGUUUGCAGUGGACACCGGCAGUGGUGAACGAGAUCCCUACCACCUGAAAGAUAAAGACAAAGUUGAUCCCAAACAUUCCAAGAACAUGGAAUAUUUGAAGAACUAUUGGCGUGAGAUUAUUGAAUCAAAAUUAAAGCCUAAAGGAGCACUUUAUUCUGAAGGUGGUCCUCUUGACUCUAAUGAUCUUCAAGGCCCUUUAAAUCCGAGAAGCUCAACCUGGAAACGAGUUUCCCACCGGACUAACGGUGAUACAAAUACCGACGAUGUUUCAGGUGAAAAUUCCAAAUUUUAUCCUGAGGACUUCCGGGAUUUGUUAAAUAGUGAGUGGGGCUUUAAGCGUAGGGAAAGAGACGAUGUUAAAAAGCCUGGGCCGCGCGUCGACGCAAAAAUGUUAAAGAUUUUGUACAAUAAAUCAGUGACAGCACACGUCGCGGCUAAAACACAGAAAUUGAUGAGUGGUGUAGACCAUGAUCACAACCAAUAUGACUAUGAUCCUUCAUACGCUUAUGUUACUUUCAAGAACAGAUUUGGUACCGAUUGGGAGAAAGGCAUCUCCUUCAUAGCAAGACUAGAAGAAAUGCUCGGCCUAGAGAAAAAUACUUUCACCAAUCCUCGCGUCGAUCCAGGCGAGGUGACUUUUAAAGUUGAGAAGAAUAACAAGGGGUAUAGUGCUCAUGAUGUCGCGACGCAUAUAGAGGAUGUCAAAGAAGAAUUGCAGCGUGAGACGGGAGCGCAAGUUUUGUCAACUGGUGUUGGAGAUCGGAGCAAACGCCCCGUGAUCCGCCAUGUGGACUCCCCUGAAACCCUGAUCUUUGGUCUGGAGUUGCCAGUUCUUCUAGCGUUGGUGGGCAGUCUAUCAGUCCUGGUGGUAGGAGGUGUCGUCUUCGGGAUACUGCUGAAGCGGGACAUGAACGCCAAGAGGAAGAUGCAAGGGUUGGCCACCGCCGCUGAGAUCGAUACUGAAGCUACUCGUGAUUACCAGGAGCUCUGCCGAGCCCGAAUGUCUGGCAAGUGGACGGGGCAGACGACGGCCUCCCCGCACCCAGCGGACCAGCCGCAGCGGAUCACCUCACUAUCUCGCGAGCCCACUGAUGGGAACUCUCCCUCUACAAGGUCCAGUACUUCCUCAUGGAGCGAGGAACCUGCAUUGACCAACAUGGACAUUUCAACUGGCCACAUGGUUCUGGCAUACAUGGAAGACCACCUGCGCAACAAGGACCGCCUGGAGCAGGAGUGGCGCGCGUUGUGCGCGUACGAGGCGGAGCCAUGCGCAAGCACAGCAGCCCUCAAGCCCGAGAACACCGGCAAGAACCGCUACGCCGACGUGCUGCCGUACGACCACUCACGCGUUACUCUGAACACGCUAUCCAACCAUCUAGGAUCCGAUUACAUCAAUGCUUCUACUAUUACGGACCACGACCCCCGCAACCCGGCGUACAUCGCAGCCGCGGGCCCGCUAGCCCAAACAGCCCCUGACUUCUGGCAGAUGGUCUGGGAACAAGGCAGCGUUGUCAUGGUGAUGCUGACACGCCUCACGGAGAACGGCCAACAGCUGUGUCACCGCUACUGGCCCGAGGAGGGCUCGGAACUCUACCAUAUCUAUGAGGUGCACCUUGUGAGCGAGCAUAUCUGGUGCGACGACUACUUGGUCCGAAGUUUCUACCUGAAGAACCAGCGUACUGGCGAGACUCGUACCGUCACCCAGUUUCACUUCCUCUCCUGGCCUGAGAAUGGAGUACCAUCUUCUACCAAGGCCUUGCUUGAAUUCAGGAGGAAAGUGAACAAGUCUUACAGAGGUCGGUCGUGUCCAAUUGUUGUGCACUGCAGUGACGGAGCCGGUCGCACAGGCACGUACUGCCUGAUCGACAUGGUACUCAACCGCAUGGCGAAGGGCGCGAAGGAAAUCGAUAUCGCAGCGACCCUGGAGCACAUCCGCGACCAGCGCGCGCGCACCGUCGCCACCAAGCAGCAGUUCGAGUUCGUGCUCAUGGCCGUCGCUGAGGAGGUACACGCAAUACUAAAGGCACUACCCGCGCACCUGCAGCAACUGCAGGAGAAAAAGGACAAAGAAAAGGAGAAAGAGAAAGAAAAGGAAAAGGACGGUGACACGAAGGAGAAACCCAACUGAACCUAUCGCUUGCUACAUGACAUCGUCACCUGACCAGAACAUGAAUACUGCGCGCAAAGUAAAACACAUUGUAUUAGAAUCUGGCCAACGGAAACUAGGAUGAAUAAAAAUUCCCUUGCCAACAAAAUAAAUAGACCAUUUACAAAAAUAGCUGUCAAAAUUAUUGUUUUGAAUUUCCCGCGCUUUAUCCAUGCUGGUUUUCGUUGGCCAGGCUCUGUAAUAAGAAAAAUGUUAAUUACAUAAUUUACAUAAUACUGUAGGAGAUAAUUUGAGAGAUUUUCUGGUCAGGUAUAUAUAGUUACGUGUUUGUAUUUAUGUUGACCGUGGAAUAUGUGAAGAUAUCAAUGUAUCCCAGCCAUUUAGGUUGAGAAUUUCGCUAAAAAACAAUAUGGGUUGGCUCAACCUCUUGUUGAAAGUAACAAUAUCAUGUUUUUAUCAAUCGUUCUACACUCAGUGUGACGAGGUUCUCAACCUAGAUUACAAUGUAUAAUAAAUGUAUUCUUUAUGCUUAAAGCUAUGUUACGUUUUCACUGAGAAAACUAUUUAAAACUUGUUGUUGUCAUUAAAAACCUUACUUUAGUCGAUCGAUUACAAAAUGUCACAGUAAGCAGCGAAAUAAAUUGAAAUAAACUAUCUAAGUAUAUUUAAUGUUACAUAGGCGUCCUUACAGGCAUAACUAGGCGUUAUUUUUUAAAAAGCUUUUUACCUGCAAAAUAGUUAAAAUAUUUUUGUAAGCAUUGUCUAGUCUAUCAUUUAGAAUGUAAUAUAAGUUAUAUAAACUAUUUUAUUAUGUUGUCUAUGAUAUCCACGCUUGUUUAUUGAACAUAAUUAAAGUUUUAUAACAAACGAAGUUACAAUUACAGGCAUUAAUAUCCAAUAGAUAUCAUUGUCAAUUGUUAAGGUGUCUAUAAACUUCUGUAUUCUUUUGCAUUCGUCUUGAAAUGUUGAAUAUCAAUCAAUUAAAGCUUCGACUAGCUGAUGAGUAGCUGAAUUCAGAUAAACUAAAUCACGACCAACAAAAAUAAUAAUAAUUAAAUCCAAAUCUGAUCCUAUUGAUACAACUUUGUAAGUGUUUGGACAUAAUAUUUAAUCAAGUGUUGAUCGUUGAAAUUUUAUCAGUUACUGUGCAUAAGAUGCAUAAUUACGUUUUCAGUUUUCAAUCUUUAUUUAAAACACUAAACGUUAAAUUAUACUGUUAAACAUUCUCUGCUAACUUGUCAAGACAACUAGCGGUAUUGUUGUAAAAUACCGAAUGUAUAAUUCUUUCUUUUUGCAUGCCAUGUAUUUGUUGUAUUUUGCACUACAACAUAACGCUAGAUGGUGUUCUCACCGACCUAUAUAGCGACAUCUUCGCCCAAAAUCAUAUCCUGAACGAACGGAAUACCUGAAUAUAAUAAUCACUUAAAUGAGAUCUUUAAUAUUUACAGAAGUAGCAGAACUAAACAAUAGGAACUUAAUAUUAUCUGUACGAGAUUUAUAUAAGGUUAUUUAUUGCAUAUUACGGGAAAAUGUAAAAAAAAUAUUACCUACCCAAGAAAUUAUGAAUGUAGUUUAGAUUUUAAGAGAAAAUAUAUUUAACCGUAUUUCUGUAUGAAA